GCUGGCUCCUUACCACUCCGAACCUCACAGGCGGAGAGCUUCUCCCAAACUGCGAUUAACUCCGAUUCGGGCGGCCUUUUUGCUAUUGAUUUCCCUCUUGUGAUCAUGCACGAGCUACUGCUCUUCGCCUCGGUCCCCGCGCACCAGCACCAUGGCCUGUUACAACAACUGGCCGGUUUGACGGCCAUGCAACCCCGUCACCGCUUGGAGAGGCGUCUGAUCUUCAAGGCCUAUCGGAAACCGGGGCUGAUCAGUACCCGUGUGGGUGCCAGUCAGGAUUUGCAGGGCAAUGAAAUGCAACGUCUGAAUAAGAUGCUGAACGGUGGCAUGUUCUACACGCAAGUGGUCGGACCUGUUUCCGAGGCCGAGUUUGGUGCCCAAUCUUCGAUUCCACCAUCCGGAGACUCUGAUGCGCUGAUGUCCGGAAUUGAUCCUGGGGAAAAACAUGUGUCUCAUCCAUACAAUUAUGAAGAACAACCCUGGAAACUGGAAUUUAGAGAUAUUCCGGAGGCGGGGACUCGUUCCGCCGUUACGUGCCGGCUGAUGGCCAGCGCUAAUUUGCCCAAGGGCGAUAUUGCGACCCCCAUGAACGCCUGGGGUUAUAGCUUCGUCACUGAGUACUUGGUGGAGGGGGAUGUCUUUAUUCUGAAUGAUAUCGUCAUAUUCCUACAUCGGGUUCUGCACUACCCAACAGAUGAGCCUGAAACACAUGGACCGCGGCGGCAGUUGCCCCCCUUUCAGCAGAUGUCACCGCUGGAAAAAACCGGGAGCUACGUCUUACAGGCCUCUAUUACUGUCCAGGAUGGAGGCAACCAAGAGAUGAUGAAGACCGCGUCGCAACAUCUGUUUGGGCUUCGAGAGCAGCUGAAGUCGGCCGUCCGGCUGGAACAGGCGGAUCGGCUAUCCUUGGACACACGAGCAAAGUAAUCCGAUAGACGUUCUCUUUCUGUCAUUUCUUUUUCUUCUUUCCUCCUUUAGGUUUGCUUGUUUUAUACCCCCUGGCGGCGCCUCAGUAGGAUAUCCCUUUAAUACAAAAUAUGAAAAUUCGUGGGUUACGAGUUUGUCCUUCUGGGACAUAUGUUGCAUUAGCAAGCUGCUGCACACCUCGUCAAGGCCAGUCCACAUCUAGAACGCGAUCGUAUUCGUAUAACUUUAAUAUCCUGCGUCGACACUGCCCUCUGGGGUAGCCCCGACUAUUAAGCUGGGUAGUUGUUCCAAAGAAAGGGGGAAGAUUUGCAAAGGAAUUCAUACUUUUUCCUGGUCAUUGUAUUCGCCGCUCAUGAAUAUGAACAUCAACCCCCAAUGUCCAACGGCACUAACUAUAUGCGAAACAUUAU